AAAAUGGCAACUCCUUAAAUUUAUUGGUUAAAAGAAUCUACAGUAGUUUAGGAAUAUAGUGUAGUAGGUAUAAUUGAUGGUUCAGGAUCAAUGGUUGAGGCAUGGAAUGACUUAUGUAAAGCAUGGAAUUACUUUAUAACUGGAUUUAAAAGUGUUUAUUGUAUUUAGUUUGAUGACUCAGCAAUUUUAUAAGAAAGUCCAUAAUUAACAAGUUAAAAAGGGGAGGGCACAAGCAUAGAAUUAGGAUUUAGAGAAUUAAUGAAGUUGAUAAAAUCUGGUAACUUAUUGUAAAAUAUUCUUAUAAUAUUUGUGACUGAUGGAAUAGGAGAGAAAGAUGGAAUAAACUAAUACUUUUAAGAAUUGAAUAAGGAAUUUGAGUAAUUACAUUCUUAAGGAUAUUAAUUUAAAUUUCAUACAUUAGCAUUUGGAGAAGAUUUUUCACAUACAGUAGCUGCAGAAUUGAAAAUGAUUAUUCAUAAUGCUGGAAUAUUAUCAUCUUAAAUUGAUUUAAUAUCAAACACAAAAGUUGAUUUUACAAAAGUAUUGUAAGAUAUAAAGGAUGAAGUAUUUUAUUAAAUGAUACGUGUUGAUCCUUAAUGUUAAUUAACUACGUUUACAAAUCCAGUACAUAGAGUAACUCCUAAUUAAGUUGUAUAUACAACUUCUAGUUCAAUUAGAGUAGGAGGAAAAUAAAUUAAUUUAGAUAAAGAAGGUGUCUCUCUUGAAGCUUUGGAUAGAUUUAUUAGAUAAAUAAUGUCUAAAUUAAUGGAAUACAAUUCAGUAGGUAAGAAUGUUAAAUAGGAGGCAAUAUAAGCAUUAUAAGUUAUUGAAAAAUUGAAAUCUAGAGUAGUAGUUAAAGAAGAUGAUGAAGAAGUUUAAAAAUUUAUUGAUUAAAAUAUAUAAAAAAUUGAAGAAUUUGCUAGUGGUAAUCUAAAUUUGAAAGAAUUUGAACCAGUUAAAGCUGCAUAAUUUAUGCAUGAUGUUUAAGAUCUUAUCAUAAGAGAUAAAAAGAAAAUGCAAAGAAUUAAAAGAAAGUCUGCUGUUCAUGCUUAAUUAACUAUGCAUCCUUAAUAACCUAAGGUAAUCUAUUUAAUUAUCAUAUUAGUAAUAAGUUAAAGAUUAUUACAAAGAAUUAGCUUUAAAAAGAUUAGAACAAUAUGAAAAAUAAUUAAGUAACUAAGAACUUUUUGAAGACUUAAAAGAAUUUGCUAAAUAAAACAAGGUUAAAACAUUAGAUUAAAUAGUUUAUUUAACUAAAACUCAUGAUUUCUAAUUGAAAAAUAUCAAAGAAUUUAUAUAAAAUGAUGAAGAUACAGCCAUAGACAUGAUAGAUUUAUUCCUAAUAUCUUUAGAUUGA